UUAUCUUCACCCGGCUUGCCGGUGCGGCGCAGUUUGAUAAUUCGUGUCAUACUUUGCAGUCAUAUUAUACUGCAGGAUUCUUAUUCUUAUUUGAAGCGCCAUUUAAUUUAUCCUUUUAAGUCCCGUCUUAAUUCCGAGAUCAUUCGUAAUAAUUAUCCUGCUUUAUCUGGCAAAGACUUCAACUUACUACUUGGAGCGAGUAUUUUCUUGUCGGUGUUUUGAUUUCAUUAAUUUCAAAGAUGUCUCGUCUCGAUAUAGUAGUGUUUGGGGCCACAGGCUUCACCGGCAAGAAGGCAGUUGAGGAGUUGGUCCGUGUUGCUAAAAAGUACCCAGCGUUGCUAACAUGGGGAGUAGCUGGCCGUUCACAGUCCAAGCUGGAGACUCUUAUGGCCAACGUUGGAAAAGUGACUGGUGAAAACCUCUCCGGCAUCAAGAUCAUAGUAGCUGAUGUGUCCGACGAAGACUCCAUCAAGCGCAUGUGCGAGCAAGCGCGAGUGAUCGCCAACUGCUGCGGCCCAUACAAGUUGUAUGGAGAGCCGGUGGUUAAGGCUGCGGUUGAUACUAAGACGCAUGUGGUUGACGUCAGUGGGGAGCCGUUGUUCAUCGAAUCAAUGCAACUCAAGUACGACCAGGCUGCCCGCGACGCGGGCGUGUACAUCGUAAGCGCGUGCGGCUUCGACAGCAUUCCGAACGAUAUGGGACUUGUCUAUAUGCAGCAGAAAUUCGACGGGACUCUCAACUCUGUGGAAUCUUACCUAAGCACGAAAGUGGCUCCGGAGUACAACAGUGAAGCCGUCAAGAGUGGUGUCAUACAUUACGGCACUUGGGAGUCUCUAGUGAACGGAAUUUGCAGUCGCAAAAAGCUACCUGCACUCAGGAAACAGCUGUAUCCGGACCGUCUUCCGAGCUUCAAGCCGAAGUUGCAACCACGUGGCAUCGUCCACAAGCACGAGGGGAAGUACUGCCUCCCGUUCCCCGGCUCCGACGCGUCCAUCGUGUACCGCACGCAGCGCCACAUGUACGAGGUCGACCACAAGCGCCCCGUCCAGUUCAAACCUUACGUCAAGUUACCCUCGCUCUUCACUACUCUCCUGACCUCCCUCGUCGCCUCACUCCUACUCUUCAUGGCCAACUUCUCGCUGACCAGGAUGCUGCUACUCAAGUAUCCGAAACUAUUCUCCGCGGGAAUGGUGACCCGUGAAGGCCCGACGGAGAAUGUGAUGAAUAACACAUCUUUCAUGUUUGAGUUGUAUGGCGAGGGUUGGGAGAAGGGCGCUGAUGUGGACGCGACUAAGCCGAAUAAGAAAGCGGUUGUUAGGGUGAAAGGCGUGAACCCUGGCUACGGAGCAACGGUCACUGCACUGAUCUAUUCGGCCAUCGCCUGCAUCAAGGAAAGUGACAAGAUGCCUGGCAGCGGCGGAGUCCUGACAACCGGAAUUGCGUUCGCCAAAACCGAUCUCAUCAAAAAUCUCAACGAAAACAACCUCACGUUUGAGUAUGUCCAAAACUAAUGUUACUUCUAAACUCUAUAUUACCUCUUAAGGUGCUGUUGCACGGGCAACACAAUUGCCAGCAAUUCACAUAUUAUAAUUGCCGCGUUGUUCAAUACGCACCAACUAACUAAGGAGCAAACGCGGCAAUGGUAUGUGAAUUUCUGGCAAUUGUGUUGCCCGUUUAACAGCAACUUUAAAUAUAAGCCAGAUUAUAUAAAGUGAUUCUAUGGAACACGUGUUUCAAAAUUAUAGUAUGUGCCUUUAUUUUUAUUUGUAGUGUUUGCAGAUUUUAUAUUGAUGUUAGCCUCAUGUAAUACUAUAAUUUACAGUUAAACUAUUGCAUGUAAUACAUAGUAUACAUUUAUUAUUAUUUUAACGCAUAGUAGGUACAAAGAAGCAUUUAACAAUCAUAAUUGUAGUAGUUUAUAGAGCUUAAAGCUUAUGUUAUCGAUAGUACAACCAAGCAUUUACCAAAAUAUAUAAUUGUAGUAAUUUAUAGCAAUUACUAAAGAUUUAUCUAUAUCUUAUAUUUGUAUAAAAGUUACCAUUAUCUGUGUCAUAUUGUAAUCUAAUGUGAUAUCUACAUGUAUAAGGUAAAGGGCAUUUAAUAAACAUUAAAGAUAAUUAUAUGAAA